CAAGCGUUUUGUACGCGACUGGCCACGUCGGUUCUGGUACGUGUUUGUAAUUUACGUUCAGCAAACUACCGACUCGGAUAGGCAAGUUUUAGCUAAGCUUUCGCUCAAACAUAGGAAUCUAGUGAUCGAGUAGCAAGUUUGCACGACCAUUUGUUGCCGACCAUCAACCGAAAUUCACGGAAGCAAAAAUCUGCUGCAACCUUCAAAGCAUCUGCAGACAGGCGGCUACCGGCUUGACUGACCACUGCAGGAAAUUGCGAUUAUCUUGCAAUUUUCUUUGUUAGUGAACUUUGCCGUGGAGUGCACAUACGUUUCCAAAUGUGACUGCCAAGGACAUCCCGAGCGCUUCACGAACGGACGACCUUCGGUCGGUUCUAGUGAGAAGCCAUGUUGUUUCAAUUCGCGCUAGUCCGCUGUCAGCCGUGAUCGGAAGUGUGCUUUCCGGUGAAAACCUGUGCGAUCGGCCGAUCGAUUAUCAUACCUGCAGUUUACAGUAGUGAAGGCCAGCCAGCCGUUGAUCUUUACAAGAAGGAGAAGAAUUUUAAUUACUUCAAUUUCAUAACAACGUUAUGGGUCUGAAAGUCGUCAAGUUCUCGGACAGUGAGCAGUGCUAUUUAGUUGCGUUCGACUUGUUGCCAGAAUGUCCUCGAAGAAGGUACUAGAACAGGCUAUUGUGGUUUUGGUGCUAGUAACUAUCGUACAAUGUCAUCUACUAAAAAAAUCCCGCCGAGUGAAAAGUGAUGAAGUGACAGUUCUACCUACCGAGUCUCUAGCAACGUCCUCCAAACAGACACUCAACGGAAGUACAACGGCAGCGCCUACUGUUGACGAAAAUGAAGUCGACAAUGUUGGCAUCAGUACGGUGAUCGUGGAGUUGAAGCAUUUUGGAACGAAAAAUUUUACAUUUCUCGAACCGGAUCACAUUCCGAUCAGCAACUUUUUGGAUCUGGAUGAAAACGUCGACUUGGAAUUACUGUUCACCGAACACGUAAAUGGUAAAUUGGAACUGAGCACUAAUCCAGCUGACAAUAUUGUGCUUCAAAUCGAGGACUACGAUGACGAUGGCAAUACCAAGAGUUAUUUUUUGCAUUCCUCGCCAUAUUCAGCAAGUCCUCUCAAUGAAACCACAUCAGCAUCAAAACCCAUCUCAACGCGAGUUUCAGGCUUUUUCCGGGAUAUACUGCAACGGCUGGGUGUCUACAAGUACAUUGUGAACUACCGGAACCGCAAGGAAUCUGAAGCCGAGGACACAAAGCUACCACACCGAUUUCAACCAAACAGCAGUAAUAAAAGUUUAAAAGGGCUGCGAUCGUUAUCGGCUGUUGUUGAAGAUGAUCAGACAACGCCAUCGUCGCCAAUCGCAGCAACAAAUUCCAAAAGAACCAGCCAAAAAGGCCAAUCUACAAAGUCAUCGAUCGCAAGUUUAUUCGAUCAGUUCAAGCAACGAAUCAAAGCCAUCUACCCCGGAACGGUUUGGUGUGGCGAUGGAAACCAAGCCAAGAGCGAGAACGACAUCGGGUUCUUCUACAUGACAGAUGCAUGCUGUCGGGCGCACGAUCUCUGUCCGAUGUCGGUCUCUGCCGGGGAUCGCUUCGAUCGACUGAAAAAUAAUGGGUUUUUCACCCGAUCUCACUGUGAUUGUGAUAAGCAGUUCUAUAACUGUCUGAAGAAUGCUAACUCGCUGGUUUCAAGUCAGAUCGGCUAUACGUACUUCAAUCUGCUGAAACCGCAGUGCUUCCGGCACGAACAUCCUAAAGUUGGCUGCUCAAAGAAGAAAAAAGGUAAAUGUCUGACCUACAUCGUGGAUGAAACGCAGGAGAAACUGUGGCAGUGGUUCGACAAUCUGAUCUUCUAGAGAAAUCGUUACAAAGAUGGAAGUCUUACUUCAUGUACCAAACAAUGCAUUGUUGAAAUAAGUUUUAUUUAUUUUAAUGAUAAUAGAAUAGUUUCAAAAACAA